GGAAUAAAUAUAGUCUGCGCUAUAGCGCACGGAUGAUCCGAGAUUUGCACAGACAAGUUCAAAGGAAUAUCGAGACACGUGCGUUUUAUUUGUUUUGUUGCGUUUUUUGGACUCCUGUGCGUUUUUAAAGUUAUGCCCCUUGCAUUCUUUGGCUAUUUAUACACUUCAUAGAGCCUCUUGGGGCAACAUUUUACAUUUGGAUGGUUGCUGUCAUUGUAUAAACUUCAGUUUGCAAUAAUGAAGAAAUUGACCUAUGUGGCUUUUUUAACAUUUGCAUCCGCGUGCAUGGUUGACGCCAGCUGCCCGGCUACGUGUGAAUGCCCCGCCGUGCCCCCAAUGUGCCCAGCUGGCGUGAGUUUGGUGUCUGAUGGUUGUGGGUGCUGUAAAGUGUGUGCUGCCCAACUAAACCAGGACUGCAAUGCUCACAAGCCCUGUGACCACCAUAAGGGUUUGGAAUGUAACUACGGCAAUGAUGUGAUACUGGGAAAAGGAAUAUGUCGAGCCAAACUGGAGGGUCGGAGCUGUGAGUACAACGGAAGAAUGUACCAGAAUGGCGAGAGCUUCCGUAUGGGCUGUAAACACCAGUGUACCUGCAUAGAUGGAGCUGUGGGUUGUGGUCCUCUAUGUACCACUAGCCUGCCCCUAUCAUCACCCUCAUGCCCCUACCCUCGAAUGGUGAGGGUACCUGGCCAAUGCUGCUUUAGUGUUGACUGCCACAAAGGGGCAAUAGCGCCUCUGAUUCCCACCUGGAAAAUGAGGCAGCAGGCUAAUGGUCCACUGGAUAAGAGCUGGAAUGUGCUGGGGAACGACUUGUGGGACAGGAGGACCGGAUGGGAAGAUGAACACGGAUAUAAACACUUACCAAAAAUAUGGGCCAGUGUUCAUUCGAGGUGUGUGAUCCAGACGACUGAUUGGUCUCCAUGUUCUAGUAGUUGUGGCAUGGGGAUAUCCUCUCGAGUAACCAAUGGCAACGCACAAUGCAAACUGGAGAGAGAGACUCGCCUGUGCAACAUCCGACCCUGCAGCCCGCUGGCUGCUCUUCCCAAGAAAGGGAAGAAGUGCACACGCAUGCAAAAGUCAAGCAAACCUACUCAGCUGUCCUACGCAGGCUGCCAUAGCGUCAAAGUUUACCAGCUGAAUUACUGUGGCGUGUGCACUGACGGGCGGUGCUGCGUGCCACGGCGCACACGUACCGCAUCGGUCCCUUUCCGGUGCACUGGAGGAGGGCGUUUCGACAAAGCAGUCAUGUUCAUUCACUCCUGCAAGUGUGGACAAGACUGUGCGCACCUGAACGAAGCAGCCAUGCCGCCUCAGAAGUGGCUUUAUGGAGACACACACAAGUUCAUUGACUAAAUUUCUGUGAAGCUGUGAAGACUUGAUACGGCAUAAUUUGGCCGUAUCGUGACGACAGUGCACAGCACACCUGCACUGAAAUGAGAAUAUUUAAGUCUACUUUAUACCACACAGAACACUGCUGACCCCAGUGAAGGUAUAUACACAGAUUACCGACCCCCUUUUUUUUUUGUUUUGCAUUUUUGGUUGAGAGUUCUGCUGGUCAGCAAGUAUGAAUGGAUGCAACAUUUUAUUGCAUAUAGACGUACUGAUCACUUUAUUAGGGACAGCUGUACACCGACUUCUUCAUUCAACGAUCUAAUCUGCCGUUUGUAUCGCAGCAGCACAAUGUACAGUACACCAUCGUGAUCAGACCUCACGUCCAAACAUCAGAACGGAGAACUAACGUGAUCUCAGUCUGUAGAGUUUAUAUAGAAUGGUACAAAAAAAAAAAAAAAACAAACAAACUCAAAUAUCACUCUAACUGUUCAGCUGAAAAUCCAGAACUUGUGGUCACAAAUCUUGUGGUGAAUGGGUUACAAGAUCAGACCACAUCAGGUUCGGUCAGACAAGAACAGGAAUAUGAGGAUGUAGUGUUCACAGAUUCGGACAGAUGUUUGGGGUAAAAAUAGAGUGAUUCUGUUCAACUGUCCUGUUGUGUGUGAAAAUCCCAGAUCUGCAAUUUAUGAAAUACUCACAACCAGCAAUGAUGCCAUGAUCAAAGUCACUGAGAUGAAAUCUUUCUCAUCCUGAUGCGUGAUGUGAACGUUACAGUGCUGAUGGUCUGUAUCUGCAACCAUUUUACACACUAUGCUGCUGCCACAUGAUUGGCCAAUAAGAUAAUUGUAUGAAGAAGCAGGUGUACUGAUGGUACCUGUAUAGUGCUCAAUAAGUUUACUAUAUUUUGUAGUUAUAAAAGUAUUCUGUAAGAAAAAGUUAAGCUUGUAAAAUAUUUCCACAAGCCAAAGCGAUUACUGUUGAUAACUUUUGUAGUUUUUUUUGUGUGAAAUUAUUAGUGAGGAUUAAAAAAUUAGACUAAAAAAAGACAAUAUGUUUAAUUAAAAAAAAAAGACAAAGUGACAAAAAGGUCAUGAAUUAAAUAAUGAAAAGCGCCAGGGCGUGAAGUUAUGAAAUAAUAAUCGAAAGGGUGGUGUGAUGCUGCCUGACAAACAAAAGGGAGUUACCUUUAUAUCAGAAUUAUAACAAGUUAUAGAAGCCUCUCUAAUUCUCCCGUCUUGUAGAUAUAAACCUGCAACUUAGCUAAGAAAUCAGAAAACAAAAACUACUAGAAAUAUUAGUGACUAUUCAAUACACUGACACUGUAGGCUCCCUUCAUAAAGGUUAAAGAAAUCUUCCGUGUCCAUGAUUGUUUUUUAGUUUAGUUUUUGGUUCUGGCUUAUUAUUAGCAUUAGACUAUGUAAAGCAACUGCCAGACACAUGGCCGUGGAAGUUGUUAAAAAACAAAAUGAAUUUUCUGAUCAAAAUGAAAUGAAAUGAAAUUUGGGGGGGGGGGGGGGGGCAAACUACACAGGAAUAAAGUGAGUGAACUACAUACACACAUCAGGAAUAAUUGAUGAAACACGAGAGCGUUCACUGUUACUUCCAUGCAUCAUUAAUAUAUUCAGUUUUAAGGUGUCUAUUUUGCACUGAUAGAUCAAGGUUGAUGUCAGCCAGACUGAUAGGACCGAGUACCUAGAAUCAUCUAUUCACUUACUAUAAAUGUUAAAAUUGAAAUUAUUUACAAGGUACCGCUCAUGUUAAUAGUUAUUAAUUUAGGCAGCUAAUGUUUGUUUGUCUUGUUGCACUAUUAUGAACUCUGAAUAAAAACAGUACUAAACAUGGAGCUAAGGUUGCGGCACAAGAGAAUAAAGAGUAAUUAUUGCCUUUUGAAUGUCUGCUUCCCUUAUUGUGGACUCUAUGAAAGACCAUACAACAAUCUACAGCCCCUCCUGCUGGUACAACUCUGCCAUAAAGUGAAUCAGGGUAAACCAGCACAGAGAGAGCAAAAUGCACAUGAACAGAAAGGCGUUCAAUU